AUGGAAGAUAACGCAUUUAAUAAACUAGUGGAGGUAUUACAAUUAAAAAUUUAGCAUAUUUAAUCUUAAUUAACUAAAUUUCAUGACAUUAAUGAUCUAUUAGAUCAAGAGAAUUAGGAUGUCAGCAAUUCCAGUAUUGGUCAAGACAUCAAUGACAUGCAAGAUCAAAUAUAAACUCUUAUAAAAUAAAUUCAAAACAGUCUCCAAAUACUUGAUAACAACACUGGACAUCUUGCAGGUCGAUAGUAAAAGUACUAUUCGCCUAAAGUUAUAAUAGAAACAAAUAAAUUAAGUAAUUCUAUAAAAAAGAAAUCGAUAAAUUUUCUCAAGCAUCUAGGCUAUUGGAACAGCAAUUACAACAGAAGAGAAAGACAAUGGCAACUAAUCUAUAAUAAAAAUAAAAUGAUCCUAAACCAAAACCUAUUGAUGAUUUGUAAGAGUAAUUGAUGCAAAAUCAAUAUGAUAUAGAAAAUUAAAUAAUAAGAGAAAAAAAUGAAGAACUUCAAAGGAUAGAAUUAAAGUAUUCAUUUAAUUAGAAACAUAGAGUCUAAAUUGUCAAUAAUAUAUUACAAGAUCUGGCAUUUCAAGUCGAUUUAGCAAAUAAACCUCUUGAUCUAGUUGCUGAAAAUCAAGUGACAGCAAUAAAUAAUAUAGGUGCGGCAAAGAGGGAAUUAGUCAAAGCUGAAGACUCUUAAAAGUCAGCAAAUAAGAAAUGGAUAAUAAUAGCAACUUUGAUUGCUAUUCUUGUAGGAGUUUUGAUUAUAAUUUUAAUUUUAAAUUGGAAUUGA